ACCUGAAUCAUUAGCAACCCAAGCUUGGAAUGCAAUGAAAGAUGAUGGUACUUCUAAUGAUAAGAAAUUUCUAGAUUUAACGAGACGUAAAGUGAAAAAUCUCAGACUCAAGAACAAUUUAAUCAAUGGCGUACUAAAUGAAUGGAAUCUUAUAAACAAUAUAAUUUGA